ACGGGGGUGCCGCGUUCGUCGCUUCGAAGCCUAUACCGAUCGCGAAGUGAAAAUUAUGUGAAGUGAAUGUGAAUAACGUUAUUAACGGUGAAGUGAUUUUAAAAAGUAAAAAUUGACUCGAGUUGUAGUUAAGUUUGUGACAUGUUUUGAGAGUUACCAGGUAGUGGACGGUCAGCGAUGUCGGUGGAGGGGCAGCGAUGCCUGUGCAUCGUGGUGCUCCUCACUCACACCGCCAUCGGAGCCGGCGAAGGUCCGUCUCCCCCACCGCUCACUACGCCCUCGCCGACGGUGAAAGCGGAACAGAACGAGCUCACUGUCUCGUUCCCUCCUCUGGAAGACCUGUACAACAGCACACCUGAGAAGCACUUCGGAACGGAGAACAACACUAUAGUGACGUCACAGACUGGAUCCACUGCGUUACUGCCGUGCGUAAUAAGGAAUAUUGGGGAUGGAAUUGUAUCGUGGAUAAGAAGAAAAGACUACCAUUUGCUGACUGUCGGUCUGACCACUUACAGUUCAGACCAAAGAUUUCAAGCGAUACAUCUUCAACAUUCAGAGGAUUGGACAUUGAAAGUCAGGUUCGUCCAGAAGCGUGACGCAGGCAUCUACGAGUGUCAGGUAUCGUCACAUCCACCCACAAGCAUAUUUCUGCGGUUAGACGUCGUUGAGGCGCGAGCGCAGAUCUCCGGGCCUACGGAGAAGUAUCUAAAACCGGGGUCGACUCUUCGGCUGCAAUGCUCCGUGGUGCAGACCACCGAAGCGCCCGCUUUUGUAUUUUGGUACCAUAACAGCCGAAUGAUAAACUACGACUAUGAGUUCGGCAUCAAUGUAACGACGGAUCCAGCUCAAAGGCUGUCCGACCUCCUCAUUCCUGCCGCCGGUGUGUCUCAUGCGGGGAACUACACUUGUGUGCCGAAUAACGCUGUGCCCGCUAGCAUAUACGUCCAUAUUAUUAACGGUGAAAACCCCGCAGCCAUGCAAUCAUCGUCACCAAGUUUUAUUCCACAUCUUAAUUUCCACAUAUUAUUACUACUGACUACACUCCAUUUUGUUUCACGGUGACAAUCAUUGUUACGUUUACCCUAGUUGUUUAACUGUAAUCUAAACUGUACUCUAUUGUGUUGGCAUAAAGUUGAGAUUCGUUUGGAGUGAAUAGAGCAAGUGUGCGAAAUUUGGCACUUAUGAAUGUAAUCGUAUAAACGACCGAAUCCCUGAAGAUUGUCAAGUACGCGAUUGCUUCAUUUAUACUAACAUAAUGUUUGACCUUGCAAGGUCGUGUUAUAACGACCUUAUUUACUGUAUUAAUCCGAUCAAAGUCAACGUCAAAGUUGACUGGUGCAACUCACCCUAAAUGUCCAAAGAGUUGCCUUGAUGUCAGUGAUAUUGGGAUACCCAUUGAGAACUUGAUGAAACAAUGGCUAAAAAUAAUUUGAAAAUAAAUUCAAAACACUUAAAUAUAAUUAUGUAAUUAAGUGUCAUGCGUAGGAGUUUUUUUUUACUAUUUAUUUAAUUAUUGAAAAAGACAAUUAUUAAAAAUAAUAUACUAUUGCCAUAAGAUGCAUUAUGAUUAAAGCAUACUACGAGACAAGAUCAUUACAGCUUCUAAAUUUAUUUUGAGAAAAAGGUGAUGAAAGCGACCAUACCUUUGUAUAUUGUAUACAUACAUAAAUAUGUAUUAACAUCUUUAUUUAAAUGAUAUUGAGAUUUUAGUAUAUUUCAGUUAUUUUUAAUGAUGUGGAAGUGUCUCUUUUCGCUCCAAACGAAAAAUGUAAAUAAUUUAUAGCAAACAAUAAAAAGUAAUUAUAGAUAUUUGUAUAGUAAUUUUAUUAAAUAACGUUAUUAAAAUUAUUGUAUGUUAUAAAAUAUUGUUGUAUAUUAUAACGGUAGUUGAAAUCAAUUUGUUUUGUUAUAAUUAGUAGAGUGUAAUAAUUAUUUUUACAAUGACACCAAUAUUUUAAAUAUUAGUGUUAUGUUUUUAAUGCAACUUUAAUAAAUCAUCAGUCCAGAUUGUUAUGAAGAUUAAUUAGAAUCUGUUAAAAACAAUAGUAGCUUAGUAAUAUUUUUGCAUGUACAAAGUUUUACAUGAAUUACCACUUACAGUUUUCCCUAAAAUGCUUUUUUAUCAGCAGAAUUUUUAAAAUGUGAUUAAUUUAAAGCCUAAAGUAAUUUUAGCCCUAAAAACAAUCUUGUGUCGUAGUAAAUGAAGUAUGAUUAUAACAAUUUAACAUGGAUAAUAUAAAAAUUGGCUUCUUGGCCUAAAAGUUGAAAUUACACCGUUAUAUAAUUAUACUUUCUUCACUCCGUCCUUUGAUAAACCGUAUGAAAACAUGUCAAUCGAUUCUUGUGUUUUUCAUGACGACGAACAGACAAACACAAAUUGUAUUUGUCUUUUCAAAAUACAUGUUUGUACAGAUGAGAAACAGAGAAAUGUGUAAAACAAAAAUAUGAAAUUUCUACGUAAUUUCUUCAUAAUUUAAUACAGAAACUAAUUUGAGCUAGUUUUACUUUGGUGUGAAUUAUUUAUAUUAUAACAAUGAAAACCUAAUUAAAAUAAUAAUUAAACGUCGAAUCAGAAAUCCAAUUGUUUGUAAAAAAAAAGUAAUCAUUUUUAGCUAACAAUUGAAUUUAAAAAAAUAGAAUUGGUCGUGUUUGAUUUUCCUAGUUUUUAAAUUUAUUCAAACCGUUCCAAUUUUUUAUAUCGUUUCAUGCGUUUUGCAGCUUUUAUUUCGAAUAUAGAAUGUGUCUGAAAAAUUGUUUUGAUGAGAAUUUGAUCAUUUUAAUUUUUCUCCUUUUGGUAUUGACGCGCGUGUUUAACAAAACAAUUAUUUUUUAAAUUCAAUCAUUAUAUUCGAUUUGUUCUUUUUUUACAUUUAUAUAAGUUAAUCACUGAAAUUAAUGCAUUUUGGAAAUCUGAUACAGUUGAAAACCGUUUUGUACUCGUAUAUCGUUUGGAAAAAAUGCGGAAACGUUUUGUAUUGCUUUUUGUCUACUGAUACGUAAUUGAGCAGGUCGUGAGCUCAAUAUAAGUCCGUGUUGCUCAAAAACGCAGUACCUAUCAAUUAAAAAAUAAUUUUUAUAUUUAACCUAAAAAAUUGACUUACGAUUCAUUAGUUUCGUUCCUUUAGUUUGAGAUAAGAAUCUCAUAAAAACAUGUUAGUACUUGUAAAUAAUAUUGUUAAGACUAUUUUAAGCCAUAUAAUAUAAAAUAUAUCUGUUCAUUAAACUGUAGUUUUAUUUGUAUCCUAUAUCUAUAAAAAAAUC